GUCAACUUCAACACAAAAUCUACGUUUAUCGUCAAGCCCCCGAGACAGUCAAAAGCAAUUAGAAUGCAAUCAGUGCCGAUACGACUGGCCGGAUGAUCAUAAAUCUUUCAUCACCCGUCAAUGCCGUCAGUUACUUCGGCCGCCCAUUGAUGGAUCCAAAAAUGUCACCGAUUACUAAUUCAGUGGCAAUGGGAAUAAAUCAGGCCACUGAGCUCAAUUACUUCAGCUUUCUCCCUCACCCAAAUCAAAAGCAAAGGAAGCACGCACGUGUCGAAAGCAUAACAGGAAAUACACUUUCGUCCUUGUUGCUCGAAAAACUAAAUCGAAAUAUCAUUUCCAAAUUAACGACUGAGCCCAAAAAACGCAAUCACGGGGGGGUUGACCUAUACCGGCAGGCAGUGACGUCCAUUGGUGAGGGGCUUUUGGUGGCAGAACAUAAACAAAAUCAGAGGUUUGUGGAGCUACCAGGCCAUUGAGUGGCGGCGUUUUUCGGACGCGUUUUACGACAACACUUUGAAUCAAGAGGAAGUAGGAUCAUGUGACUUUAGGAAACUUAAUUUGUCAAUUUCAAUCUGUAUGAUCAAAUAAAAUUUGCACAUUUUACUCCAGAAUCAUUUGCUCCAAAUUUUUUAAAGGUUUUGAUAUUAAUUAAAUACCAAAGUCUCAUCUUUUGACCGGUCUCUAAUCGAAAAAGGAAGGAAAUUUUUCGGAAGCGAACGUGACGGAACGAAUUAUGCGCUGUUAUUCACAUACCAUAACUCGUUAAUACCUCAUAGAAAAGCCAUCUCGCCGAUAACCCGUAAUCCUUGGGCGCGAGUGCGCGUGUGACGUGGUUGGGGUGGCAUUUUAAGACACACAUGAAAAGGACAUCGACAUCGAAACUGGAGAUUUCGGCAGCGCAUUCUUUAUGAAACGUGCCUCGGAUAUCGAAAACGCGGAUUUCGUUGACUACAAUUCUACAGUUUUGCCUACGGAAUACCGCGGAAAUCCCAUCACGUAACAGGUCUUUGUCCCACGCCAGUCUACAGGAAGAAUUCUAAUGUUGUGUGUGAUCUGAUAUCCCUUUCACUUUCAGUAAUCGAACGGAAAUCAGUACAUUAAAGUGCCAUUAAGUGAGAUUAUUUGAAGGAACCAGUGAGGUGAGGAAGGAAAAAAGGGCAAAAUGUCGAAACGCCUCGCCGUGAUUGCGGCGGUCAGCACCCACAACAGUCUGAGCAACCACACGGUGUCGUACACGAACAUGUACACCAACCAGACUACCGUCCGAGGCCAUCACUACUCGCACCAGGGGCUGCAGUCGAUGCGGCCGGGAGCCCACGGGAAUGUCAACAUUAUGCUCGGCGGGGCGAUGCUGUCAGUGGUCAUCACGGUGGUGUUCUUCGUGUGCUAUUGCUGCCACCGGAACAUCAAAAAGCAGUCCGGAUCGGCCUACCGGCAGCAGUGGCUCGAGCAGGAAGCCAACAUGGAAAUCUACAGCGUCGAACAGUGCUCAGUCCCGGGACUCUCGGACAACUACCUGGACAUCAGCACCGGCAACGAGUACCAACCGCUGCCGGCCGUGAUGGCCGUGAACCACUGCCACUCGGCGGCCUAUCACCACCACCAGCAGCAUCCCGCCUCGGGCGGCCCUCCACCCAGUUACGACACCGUGCUGGCCCAGGACAAAAUGCAUGCCGAGGUGGCCGCCCAGUGGAAGGAACUGGGCCUGAGCUAUCCGACAAAGGGCGGGCUGUUGGGCCAAAAGCCGGAACUGCUGGAACCGACGGAAUUCACCGACAUCCGCGAGGCCAUCGACUGUCACAACUGUUGCCAGGUCGGCGGCGCCGGCGGAACCAGUCUGCAGGUGUACUGCCGUAACUGUGGCCAGUUUGUGGACGCGGCCAUGGUGACGAGCCACGAUGCCAACAACAACGAGAAUCGCUGCUCGCCGACGGCGGUUGUUCGCAACCUUGCGGAUUGCACUGACCCGAGUCAUGAUGACAACGGCAAUCUGGUUAACCCUGAAACCAUUGUGGAACCGUCUGAAGACGCCAACAACAACGAGAACUUGAACGACGGAGCCGGACGUGAUGAUGAAAACAACAACAACAGUGGAAUCCCCUCUGGAGCCAUCGAAAAUCUUUCAAAUCCUACAAAUCGCAGUGAGGAAGCAGUGACUCCCGGUGGGAGUUUGGAGUCGGGAAGUUCUGGGGAUAGUACGAUCCGCAAUCUCAACGAGAACGGAAUCGUACGGUUGGACAUGAGUCGAAUCAUCGACCAGACAGGUUUGCCCACUUAUGAGGCUGCCCUCAAGCUGGAGUCCAGCGGAUACGUUUGAGAUUAGGUCGAAGUUGUGGGAGAAUCGCGGAAAAUAUAAUUGUGAUGAUGGCCUUUUAGUAGAAACUCGUAAAUAAACGUAAGCUACAGUUAUUGGAAAUACGUAUCGAUAGGAGGAUUGUAAUUUCGUUGUGUAGAUAGUAGACUAGAGGAAUAUCGCCGGAAGAACAUUGGCCUUUUUACGUUGUGCGUAGAAUAGUUAAUUCAAGCAAAAGUUUGAGUACAGGAAUCAAUCUCGAUUACAGAUUAAUUAAUAUCUAUAAGAAUAUACUUCUAAACAACACCAUCCACUGUUACAAUUUAGAAAAGGAAAUCAGAUUAAGAUUCUACGCUUUGUAAAUGCCUGCUCUAUGACCUAAAGAAACAAUUUUGCAUUGUUGGUUCGUCCAUACAAGUUUCCAUGCUUAUUUGACAGCUGCUAUCUUUAUAUUUCACUAAAAAACUAAAAAAUCAAGCAAGGCAAUUUUAAUUUUCAUUUUUUUAUAAGUCUUUAAGGAAAAAAAGACAAAAAAUGAAACAUGGAUGCGUAAGGGCAAAAAAAUGACACCUAUUUAAUAGAAAACAUUACAAUUUAAUAAGAACGAAAGUUUUCAAACCUGCACACUUAGAUGUUUUGCCGAAUUCGAUAAAUGUUAGCGAAUUUUCAACUGCUGAAUAGUUCAGUAAAGUGAAAAUUACAGAAUUCGGUAAAACAUACCAAAAUUCGGUAAAGAAGCUCAUUAUUGUUAAUCGUGCAACCAAUAUUCGGGAAAAUUUUGUUCAUUUUGACAGAUGUAGACCGAUCUAAACUUUACCGAUUUUUCUACUACCGAAUUCGGUAAAAAAAUCGAAGUGUGUAAUUCUACUUCUAAGGAAAAUUUUAAAAGUUUGUCAAAUUUUGAUAAUAUUACUAUCUGAAAGAUCAGAAAGUUUAAACAAAGUGUUUUAAAUGUUUUUGUAAUCCUGAAUUUCAAUAUUGCUGUAUUUCGAAGCCAUUGCAUCGUAUAAAAAAGUAGUCAAAGACAAACUUGUUGGAAAUUUGACGGGCUUUCCGAAAAAUAAAAGAGAAAACACGCCAUUUUUUUUGAUUUUUUUAUUUUUAAGUUCAAAAGUCAAGUUUAAGGUGAGCCCACAAUUUUUUUUGUUCAAAAUUUUUGUGAGAAUAGCCUAAAAUACUACAAACGAUUAACGAAAAGUAUAGGAUAGAGCACUGCCCAUAAUUGAAAAUUCGGCUAUUAUGCCAAAUCAAGUAUUCCGAGAAAAACGCGUUUUAGUGUUUGUCACAAAAUCUCCGUCAAGGCAAUUUCCCAUAAGAGUGGCAUAUUAGCCGUUUGGUUUUUCGCAUCGGCAGCCAAGUCUAAACACUAUUUCAGUGAAAUUCGAGUUCCAGAAGAUGCGUUGGCACAUCCUCUACCACCUGGUGCUAAUAUCUCGUUUUUGCCAAAAGUGGAUAUUAGCCGUUUUUUCAAUGGUGGGCAGAGCAACUCUCCUAAAAUAAUACAAAAAUCAUUUACUAACACUUUUUUUAAAGUGCUCUAAACCUCAAAAUUUUCAAAAGCUGAAUACGGGAAUCGAUUCUCUAGACCACUGUCCUAAGUUCAAUCCUUGUGUAGUUACAGCGGUUUAAAAAAAUAAAAAUGUUAAAAAACUAGGUAUUUUGUGGUUUUUGGCAAUUCCUAUAUGACAGACUUGAUUUUACAUUCUCAAAAAUAUUUUUGCCGGAAAACUCGUCCAAUUUCCCAUAAGUUUGUCUUUGACUGCUUUUCAGAACAACUCGUUUUUUGAUGAUUUAAGCUAAUUUAGGGGAACAGCAUCUAAUUCCAGCGUGCCUCUAAUGUUGCCAAAUCAGAACUUUAACAUUCGAUUACAGCUCAUAAAAAGCGUUUUCAACUGAAAUCGAGUGAUAAAUAGCUCAAUAGGAAGUGAGCAAGCAAGAUUCUUUAAAAAGUUUUGCAAAAUUAGUUGAUUAAAUAGUGAAAAUGAGCAAAUUGGAUGGAAUUAGGAGCGAGUGCUUAACCUGCCAAACAUACGAGAAUUUCCCCUACUAUCAAGGAUACUACCAUCCACUGAACUAUACCGAAAAAAUAUUCUGUUUUCAGUUAUGAGCAAUGCAAUUAGCUUAUAUGUAUCUGAAAGCCCAUAUUUUCAAUUGAAAUGUGGUAAAAGACAAACUUGUGGGAAAUUGGACGAGCUUUCCGGAAAAAAUAUUUUCGAGACUGAAAAAUCAUGUCUGUUAUAUAGGAAUUGCCAAAAACCAUGAAAACCCUAGUUUUUCAACAUUUAUUUUAAAACCGCUGUUUUAAAACUUCACAAGUAUUUUUUUAAAGUAUUAAAAAUUUUAUAAUUUAGAGUUUUUGAAUAAAAAACUAAAAUUAUCACAAAAUAUGGUAUUUUCUCGAAAAAACUCUUUUUUUUUUUGAAUUCGCAAUAUGGGUAUCAAACGAUUCGAAAUUUUGCAUGUAUUUUAACUGAUUUAGAGUUUUUUGAAUGAAAUACUAAAAUUUUCUCAAAAUACCGUAUUUUCUCGAAAAUACUCAAAUUUUUAUAAUUCGCAAUAUGGGAUUCAAACGAUUUGAAAUUUUGCAUGUAUUUAAACUGUUUAAGAGUUUUUCGAAUGAAAUACUUAAGUUUUCACAAAAUACCGUAUUUUCCCGAAAAUGCUCAGUUUUUUAUAAUUUGCAACAUAGGUAUCAAACGAAGCGAAAUUUUACCUGCUUUUUCAUUAAAAAAAACUCUAAAACAGUUAAAAUACAUGCAAAAUUUCGAAUCGUUUGAUACACAUAUUGCGAAUUAUUAAAAUUUGAGUAUUUUGGAGAAAAUAAGGUAUUUUGUGAAAAUUUGAGUAUUUCAUUCAAAAAUCUCUAAAACUGUUAAAAUACAUGGAAAAUUUUGAAUCGUUUGAUACCCAUAUUGCGAAUUCAAAAAUUUGAGUAUUUUCGAGCAAAUACGGUAAUUUGAGAAAAUUUAAGUUUUUCAAUAAAAAAAACUCUAAAACAGUUUAAAUACAUGCAAACUACCGAAUUGUUUGAUACCAAUAUUGUGAAUUUUAAAAAUUUGAGUAUUUUCGAGAAAAUACGCUAUUUUGUGAAAAUUUUAGUAUUUCAUUCAAAAAACUCUAAAACAAUUAAAAUACAUGCAAAAUUUCGAAUCGUUUGAUACCCAUAUUGCGAAUUAUAAAAAUUUAAAUAUUUUUGAGAAAAUACGUUAUUGUGCGAAAAUGUUAGUAUUCACUCUAAAACAGUGCAAAAGAAUGCAAAAUUUCGAAUCGUUUGAUACCCAUAUUGCGAAUUACAAAAAUUUAAAUAUUUUUGAGAAAAUACGUUAUUGUGUGAAAAUGUUAGUAUUCACUCUAAAACAGUGCAAAAGAAUGCAAAAUUGCGAAUCGUUUGAUACCCAUAUUGCAAAUUAUAAAAAAAUUGGUAUUAAAAAAACGGUAUUUUGUGAUUUAUUUUAAAAUAUUUAUACUUUGAAACUUACCAUAUUAUCAAAAAAAUAUUUACUUAAAGAAAGCUUGAAAAUUCAAGAUAAUUUGGUUGGUUUUAGUCAAUUUUAGAAAUCUAUUAAAUAUAAGUUAUCGUCAAU